GCCGCGGCUCUCGUUAGUGGUGUAUGUGCGAACGAAAAUUUUAAAACAUAAAUCGAUUAUUUCAGAAGCAUCGAUGUCGAAUUAUCGCUAUUGAAUCGAUGUUUUUGUUAUAUUAGGGAUGUUUAUGUUGUUAUUUAGUUAUGUAAUAUCACCGGUUAUCGAUUGCGUCGGUCUUGUCUAGGUCAAUAGAGUAUUUCGGGAAUGACCCAAAGUGCAAGUUUAGUAUAGUCCCAAGGUGUGAUUGUAUUUGUUGUGAAUUAAGUCAAUGACAUAUAUGUAGUUGAAUAGUUUUGUGUUUACUUGUGACUUGUGCUGUUUAGUGUUACUUCUAAUAUUUUGAAGGACAUUAUUUUGUAAUAGAAAAUGUUCGGAGUGCUCAUGAAGAGGUGGAAACCUAAAAGAAUAUCAAACAAUGACAGGAAUGAUAGCCCUGGAACAGACGGUAGUGUUUCUCCAGAACCACCCGACCGACCUCCCGGUAAGGUGCGGCAGGUCCAUCCUGAGCAAAAAAAUCAAGUAUUAGCCUACGAUUCUUCAUAUCGGAAGAACGGCAAGCCAAAGUCCCUUCCGUUAGAAGACAAUCAGAUGUACAACCACCUAGCUAACGCAAACGUCGCUAUGUCGCCGAUGUAUCCCCUAACUCCGAAUAUUUGCGUUGAGGGCGGUAAAAUCGAGUUCAUUAAGUCGCCAUCUGGCAGUGCUAGGAACAGUUUGGCGUUGUCUCCGCCUCAGACCCCGCUAGUGGCGCGGCGCGGAUCCAGAGACAAACACGACUUCAGAGCCUGUGUCGAUGAGUCGGAGAAGUUCGACGGGGACAAGGAACUUCUCGAGAAACGUAUAAAGCAACUCGAAGAUCAGCUCGAAGAGGAGAAGAGAAGGACCCAAAGGGAGCGGAUGGCUGUGACGAAACUACAGAACAAACUUAUAAAGCGCGAGGGUGCUGCGCGCAACGAUGCGGAUCGCGAGCGUCGCGCGCGCGGCGACUGGGAAGCGAGGGCGCGCGCCGCGGAGGCCGACGCGACGCGUCUCACUGGCAAGUUGCACGCUGCACAACGAGAGAUUGCCAGAAUGGAGGAUACGGUACGCUCGUUGCUGCAAUACAAAGGCCGCGUGGAAACUCUGAAGCAGGAGAAGGCUUCGUUAUCCGUCGCGCUGGAGGCAUCAGCGUCGCACUACCAAAGCCAACUCUCAGUUCUGUCUGCUGAGAACGAGCGUCUCCGUGAAGAACUGACAGCGCUGUCGGCUGGCGUCCGUGACUCUGAACACGAAAAGAGGCUAGAUGAUGUGGCGCAGCAGGUCGUGCGAGCUUUACUCUCGCAGAAGAGUGUUCGUGAGGAGUUGGGCUGCGCUCGCGCACGUAUCCGCGAGUUGGAAGCUCAGAACCGAGCGUUGAGUUCGCUCCUCGUACGACAGCUGAGACCACAACCGAGACCCUCGCCAGCCACACCGCUCACACCACACACCAAUAGGGACCUCCAAGUACACCUGGUGGAUGUCGGUUCGUGCGGCUCGUUGGUAUCGUUCAGGGACUCCCCUCCCCCCGCGCCGCCGGCUCCUCAACCUCACCCCCUCAGCCAGGACGACAAGCGGAGACAUCAAAUACUAGCUGAUAUCUGGACUGAGCUGAAGGGUCUGGAGGUGACCCCCGCCAACUUAGCGCGCGCGUUGUCCGCGGUGGACCCCACGUUGUGGGCACCGCCGGCGAGGCCCGCGACGCUCAGCCUCAGCGUGCUCCAACCCACCGAACAGACACAAAGUGCUACGAGGGGGAAAGCGACGGAAGAGGAAACCGGCGAAGCGGGCGUCGAGUCACCGGAGAGCGGGGCGAAGGACGAGGGUUACUCGACGAUGUCUAGCGACGUGCAAGCUGACGCGUCACGACAGAGUGACCACGUGGGCGACCCCCUGCCGGACCUCAACGAAGCCUCCGACGAAACGGACAACCAGACCAUCGUUUCCAUCAACCCCAGAGAACCCCGGCGUCGCGCCAGACUGAUAGCUGAGGCUGAUUAUAUAUAUUUUCCUAUAGGUGUAGCAUUCGCUGGGAUAAGAGGCAGCUACCCGCCCUCGCGGCCGGUGUUACCUUUCCAGCACGUCGUGAGAAGUUUCUCAGACUCUCAUUUGUGCUUAAAGUUAUUGACCAGCACGUCGUGUCCUCCGAGCUGCUUGGAAACACCAUCGCCGAGCUCGGGCAUCUUAGUUUUAGAUCUGAAACCUGCUCCAGAAAGGCCACUGAGACGGCCAGCUGUAGCGUCUACCACGAGCUCUGAGAGAGUGUCGUGGGGCAGCACCAUCGAUGAGCGUGCUGACGUCUCACAGUACGACGCUGAUUACGUUCAGCAUUGGCUAGAAUUAGACGACGCCAGAUCUGCACUGCAACAAAGACAUAGGGAUCUCGCAGACUUGGAGUAUGAUAGAGCGGAAUUAGAAGACUGGAGUCUGUCACUGUCGUGUGAGGACCUUAGAGACAGACAAUCUCCGUUUGCGGAGAUAACUACCCCCGGACAGAUAUCUCAUUCAACAUUACCAAGCAUCAGGGAAGACGAUGCGCUAGAGCUGGAGGAGGACGUCGGUGAUUGUUUGUGGAAUGACUGCGGAUUCGCGACGGUUGAAAUCGAUGAAUGCAGAAUAGGUGACGAAGUUGAAAACUCAGAGAAAAGAUGGGAGUACACGGGAACACAUUCCCCGGGCGGAUCCUGGUCCAGCGCAUCCGAUGCUCCUGAAAAGCGAUCUAGUACAGCUUUAAGUGAAGACGGCGACUGCGCUAACAUAGGACUCGAUUUUACGAGGGAUUUUUACAGACUCGUCAAAUAUGAAAGCACGAAGAGUUUAGCAUCCAAUUCAUCGAAAGGUGUCACAGCUCAGGAUCCAGCAAACCAUUUAAGAAUAACGGAUGUUCAGACUGUGGGUUUGCAGGAUCGUGAACAGGCACUUCAGAAUGUUCUCAAUUUUAUAGCAGAACAGCAGAAGUACUGUCGUGACAGAGAAGAAUCCGAUUCUAUGUCUUCUCGUCCUGUGUCCGAAAUACGUGAACUUCCACCUCCGUACGCCGCCGCUGAUUUUGACGACGAGUCCGUGGAUCCCCGCAGUGAAAUAUCAGAAGACAGGCAGAGACCGGAUUCCUUUGGCAGUUUUUCUGAAAACGAUUCAUGCGACGUCAUCCCUCUAGACAGAACGAGACUCCCCGUUUGCGAAAAUAUAUCCGAGCCGAGAUCGACACCUAGAUUCAUAGAGCGCGAAGAUCCUUACGUGGAAUCUGAAGACUACUACGACAGGUCGCGCGUCGAAAAUGCGGAAAAUGAAAUCGAUGCUCACCAUCUGUUAAAGGUGCAGCGAAAAAAUGAAAUUAAUAGAAAUAUUGACAUCAAUAACUUAGCCGACAUAGAGCCGCCGAGCUCGGAGAAAGACGACGAAACUUGUGAUAACGAAUCUAGUCGAACCUUAGAACAUAACUCGGCGUUGAAAGACAAUACUGUCAACAUCACGUCGAGCAAAGAAGGGUCUAGCGAAAGAGAGACGGAGGCGUCCCUUGCCAAGUCCAGCAGUCUUCAUAGCGCUGUGGAAAGUGAAAUAUCCGUCGUCGACGAAACGUUGACUAUUUGUAGAAGAACGUCACUCGGCACCGUGCCCGAAGAAGAGGAGAGCUCCUCGCCCGAGACGAGUUCUCCGCAAAUGACUGAAUCAAACACAACGAGCACGUCGACAGCUGAAACUGUGAUAGUUAGUAAUAAGAAUGAGAGUUUCAACCGAGAAGUCAGGCGCAGAAACGACAAAAGCCGGAUACCGACUCUGACGGGCGGCAAGCGACCGCCGUCCUCACCGCACAAGGCGAGGUCGAAGAUCCCAGUCUCGGACAGAGGCAAACCAGCCCAAAAACAAGCGACGCCGCCCCCAGAACCCAUCAUCGUCAAGCAAGAAAACACACUGAGCUUUCACGAAGCUGCUACCUCGAAGGAGGUCAUAGAAGAACUUAACAGGAUGAUUCGUCAAAGCGAAGGUGCAGCGACAACGACCGACGUGAAGACCGAAGAGGGCCAAGAGAAACCGUACGGACAAAAGGAUAGUGCGUUAUGGGCGCCCACGGGUUGGGUUCAUGUCGAAAAAGACAUCGACUUCAGUGACCCAAAGGCGCGCGCUAAUCUUCUGGACGUGAUGCUGGCCUCAAGUGACUCGUCUCCAUCAUCCUGCGGCUCGUCGCCGGCGGAACAGCCGCCCUACUCCCGCCUCCACCGCCUCCACCGCUCAAGACGACAGAAGACCGCGGCUGCGCUGCGAGUCCGCGGCCUGGGAGCCCUACGGCACGCCAGGCACCGCCGCCCCUCCAUACUCGGCCGCGACGGCUUCUUCGUCCGCUACGCCGAGCCCGAGAAGGCCGCCGUCGCCACGUUCGACUUCCUCGAUGAGCUCUCGGCCGGAUCCUCGCCUGACUCCAAACACAAGUAGACUGGACGACUCCGGUGGAACUCACUGUCGUGUCCGUCACGAAGCCUGGGUUUUAAAUGUCGACUUUCGAUACUAUUUCGAUUAUCCAUUAUAAACAUAUGUAUGUCUUAUUGAAACUUGGAUGUAGCACAAUAAUAGACUGUUGAAUAAUAUUAGAUAUGCUUGUGUAAUUUCGUGAUAGUUGUAUUUCUUUAUAUUUUUCCCUCUUUUAUAAUUUAGUGCACUCGACGAUAUAGCGUGUAUUCGAAAUUCAUAAUGCAUUGAGUUAAUUUUUCCUCAUCUCUCGCUUGUGAUGCGUCGUCUAGCGAAUUGUAGUCAGCCGUAGUAGAGUGACUUGAGCCAAAUAGUACCUAGUGGCCCGACGCGACGCCAACCAAGGCUGCAGCAUUUAGUCCACCCUUCGGAUUAGAUCGUAGGUGUAGCUUUUCAAUUUAAACUAUUGAAAUCGAUUUAAUGUCAAAUUUCCUCGAAGUUGGUAUAAGUACGGCAUACUGUGAGGCGUGGAUCGUUUUCUUUAUACAAAUUGGCGCGAAAACAUAUUUCUUAGCGCGCGUGAUUGUAAUGUUGCUUGUACGUGGAAGCAUACCGCCGCGCCAUAUUGUUUUUAAACGUCACCCUUGACACUGAAUGCUCCUGACAGCCGACCGUGAUAACAUUCGAUUGAUUACUUCCUGCAUUGUUUGGCUUACGCUUCGAACCAACAGUUAUGUAUUAAGUAAGAAGACGUAAUAAUUAAAUGACUAAGUAAAUGAAAGCUGCGGCCUCGAAGUAAUGUGAUAUUUUUGUAUAUAACUUUAAGACCCAAUUAUUUUCUUAUACAUUUAAAUGGAUUCCUUUCAAACCGAUGAAGCGUCGACGUUGGUAUAAGAGUGUUUGUCCGUUAGUUGUAACUCGCCCGUAGGUAUUCGACGUAAAUGAGACGUAAGCGCGGGAAUGGCCGCGUUAAGUCCGAAGUAUUUUAGCUUCUUGUGUAAAUAUUGAUAAUUAUUAACUUACAUAAUGUUGUAGUAUUAAUUUAUUUAUAGAGAAGUCGUUAUAUAACAAACUUAUAAACUUAAAUUCAUUACUCGAAGGGUACUAAAGUAUUUUAAGUGUAUAUAUAUAUUAUGUUACGAUGUCAUUGAAUGCUAUUUAUUGAGUUGUAAUUUUUCUUUUGCGGUUUAUCGAUUUGUGUAUACUUAGGUACAUAUCAUGAAAUUGAAUUGUUUUGUAUUGUUACGUAUCUAAUUUCAGGCGAGUAUUAAUCGAUAUUUUGUUUUCAUCGUACUCUUACAUCACUAUAAUAAUUAUUAUAUAAUAUAAUAGUUAUCAUCGGAUAUAAUGAUAUAAUCUUUCAAUUAAUACUCGUCAAACAUUUGCUAUGUAUUUCAUUAAAUACGGUUUUGAACCUCGUACCUAUAUAUUAGUAGAUACUUGCGGCUUUUACUCUUACUUGUAGUUAUCGAAAUGGCGGAACCAAAGCAAUUUUAAACUAAAAUACCGAUUUUUUGCCACCACUUGUUACGCUGCGACACUUAUUAUUAUUUAUAUUGAAAAAAAAAAUUGUUUUAUUUUAAACCGGCUUUGUUUUAAUGGUGAAUAUUGAAGACAAUAACGAAGAUUUAUAUCUAUUAUUAAUGAUAUAACUAACAGAAUGACUCGAAUGGAUUUCGAAAAUAAUGAACUUAUUAGUGUUUACGACGUAAUUUAACAGUAACAUGUAUUGUUACAACACUAAUUUAAUUCGGAUACACGUCACAGCAACUGUUUUUUUUUUUAAAUCAAAUGUCAGAAUUUACAGACGAAUCAAUUCCCAACGCAGAUUCGUUUCAAUUUUUUUUUUUUAUGAAAUCUACAAACGUCUCGGUGCGUGUAUUCGGAUAUUAAUAUAAUUUGAAAUAAAAAUUCAUAGAAUUUAAUGUAAUAACAGCAAUAUUUUCCUCCUGAAAUGUACACUGGGAUCCAAUUUAAUAUUUUUUAUAAUGUAAUUGUUCCUACAUAUAUCUCCCUCGAAUUAGAUGUAAAGCUAUAGUUACUGGCGUUAUGAUAAUGUAAUAUUUCUAUGUAUAUGUAGAUGGCCGUACUGUGAUUGGUUAUUCAGCGGGAUAGAUUCGUUUGGAUCUGAAUGGCUGCGUCUAGUACUAUCGAACCUAAGACAUAGAAUUUAUAUAUAUAUAUAUAUAUAUAUAGGUAGGUACUUUGGACAGUACAAACGUAGUUAACAGUAUGAUUUAAAUGUACUGUGCAGAUGGGUUUAAUAAAGAAUUCCGUUCAGA